GCUGUUUAACAUGUUCAGUGUGUAUUGAUUUAUGCAUGACUUACAGCUUGCAAGCUUGUAGGAUUCUCUUGCAGGGUUGAAGUUCUCUUUAUUGGAAAAACAAUAGAUAUCAGAAAGGGACUACAAAAGAGAGAUAACAUAGGUAGUGGGCUGAGCUGUGAGCAGGAGUCACCCUCUUGUAUAUUGCUGCUGAACCUUAGGCCCAGCCUAUUUUUUUAGAGUAGGUAUAUGUUAGCUGGGUUUGAUGUAGUCACACUUUCCUGAUGAUUACAUUCACAGGACCUGAAUUACUGGUCAUAGGUUCAGGAGAAUCUACUGCCUAACUAGGCAAAAAAAAAGAAAGGCAAACAUUAGAAAGGCCUUUUUUUUAUGUUACUUUUUUAUUUUUUUUGCCAACGCUGAUAUCAAGAUGGGCAAUAGGCAGUCUCUUACAAUAACACAUCCUGAGACAGACCACAAUGAAAAAAAAGAAAAAAAUGACCAACCAAAUGGGCAUGCGGUAUCUGGUUUGGAUUUGACUGAUGCUGUGACCUGUGAGGCAUCUAAACCUGCUCCCGUGACUUUCACAUUUAACGUCAAACCAACACAAGCGUCAGUAGAAACCAAUGGCACCAAAGCAAAAGCUACAACUGUGUCUGUGGAAGCAGUCAGUGCUACAACUGCAUCAGUUGAAAAAGAAAUCCCAGCAGAGUCCAGUACGCCAACCAAAGACACAUCUAAACCAGCUGGUACUCCCAGCAUGUUCAAUAAGAUGUUCAAGAUGAAAACUGGGCCAGCUGAUGUGGCAGCUGAAGUAGCUGAGAGCCAGAAGUCUACACCAACAUCAGCAUCAAUAGAAACUAAUGGCAUCCAAGCAAAAGCUCCUUCUAUGACUGUGGAUGCACCCGGUCUCCAAAUCAGUGCUUCAACUGCAUCAACUGAGAAAGAAGUUCCAACAGAGACCAGCACACCAGCCAAAGACACAUCUAAACAAGCUGGAACUCCCAGCAAGUUCAAUAUGAUGUUCAAGAAGAAGCCCGUGGCAGCUGAUGUUGCAGCUGAAGUAAAGAUCGUCCCUGCAGUCUUGACGGAGAGCCAGAAAUCUACUCCUACACAAGUGUCAGUAGCAACUAAUGGCAUCCAAGAAAAAGCUCCUUCUGUGACUGUGGAUGCAAACGGUAUCCAAAUCAGUGCUUCAACUGCAUCAGCUGAUAAAGAAGUUCCAACAGAGACCAGCACACCAGCCAAAGACACAUCUAAACAAGCUGGAACUCCCAGCAAGUUCAAUAUGAUGUUCAAGAAGAAGCCUGGGGCAGCUGAUGUUGCAACUGAAGUAAAGAUCGUCCCUGCAGUGUUGACGGAGAGCCAGAAAUCUACUCCUACACAAGUAUCAGUAGCAACUAAUGGAAUCCAAGCAAAAGCUCCUUCUGUGACUGUGGAUGCAACCGGUAUCCAAAUCAGUGCUUCAACUGCAUCAGCUGAGAAAGAAGUUCCGACAGAGACCAGCACACCAGCCAAAGACACAUCUAAACAAGCUGGAACUCCCAGCAAGUUCAAUAUGAUGUUCAAGAAGAAGCCUGGGGCAGCUGAUGUUGCAGCUGAAGUAGCUGAGAGCCAGAAAUCUACACCAACAUCAGCAUCAAUAGAAACUAAUGGCAUCCAAGCAAACAUUCCGACUGUGUCUUUGGAUGCAGCCGGUAUCCAAAUCAGUGCUUCAACUGCAUCAACUGAGAAAGAAAUUCCAACAGAGACCAGCACACCAGCCAAAGACACAUCUAAACAAGCUGGAACUCCCAGCAAGUUCAAUAUGAUGUUCAAGAAGAAGCCCGUGGCAGCUGAUGUUGCAGCUGAAGUAAAGAUCGUCCCUACAGUGGUGACGGAGAGCCAGAAAUCUACUCCUACACAAGUGUCAGUAACAAAUAAUGGCAUCCAAGCAAAAGCUCCUUCUGUGACUGUGGAUGCAACCGGUAUCCAAAUCAGUGCUUCAACUGCAUCAGCUGAGAAAGAAGUUCCAACAGAGACCAGCACACCAGCCAAAGACACAUCUAAACAAGCUGGAACUCCCAGCAAGUUUAAUAUGAUGUUCAAGAAGAAGCCUGUGGCAGCUGAUGUUGCAACUGAAGUAAAGAUCGUCCCUAAAGUGUUGACGGAGAGCCAGAAAUCUACUCCUACACAAGUGUCAGUAGCAACUAAUCGCAUCCAAGCAAAAGCUCCUUCUGUGACUGUGGAUGCAGCCGGUCUCCAAAUCAGUGCUUCAACUGCAUCAGCUGAGAAAGAAGUUCCAACAGAGACCAGCACACCAGCCAAAGACACAUCUAAACAAGCUGGAACUCCCAGCAAGUUCAAUAUGAUGUUCAAGAAGAAGCCUGGGGCAGCUGAUGUUGCAGCUGAAGUAAAGAUCGUCCCUACAGUGUUGACGGAGAGCCAGAAAUCUACUCCUACACAAGUAUCAGUAGCAACUAAUGGCAUCCAAGCAAAAGCUCCUUCUGUGACUGUGGAUGCAACCGGUAUCCAAAUCAGUGCUUCAACUGCAUCAGCUGAGAAAGAAGUUCCAACAGAGACCAGCACACCAGCCAAAGACACAUCUAAACAAGCUGGAACUCCCAGCAAGUUCAAUAUGAUGUUCAAGAAGAAGCCUGGGGCAGCUGAUGUUGCAGCUGAAGUAGCUGAGAGCCAGAAAUCUACACCAACAUCAGCAUCAAUAGAAACUAAUGGCAUCCAAGCAAACAUUCCGACUGUGACUGUGGAUGCAGCCGGUAUCCAAAUCAGUGCUUCAACUGCAUCAACUGAGAAAGAAGUUCCAACAGAGUCCAGCACACCAGCCAAAGACACAUCUAAACAAGCUGGAACUCCCAGCAAGUUCAAUAUGAUGUUCAAGAAGAAGCCCGUGGCAGCUGAUGUUGCAGCUGAAGUAAAGAUCGUCCCUAAAGUGGUGACGGAGAGCCAGAAAUCUACUCCUACACAAGUAUCAGUAGCAACUAAUGGCAUCCAAGCAAAAGCUCCUUCUGUGACUGUGGAUGCAGCCGGUCUCCAAAUCAGUGCUUCAACUGCAUCAACUGAGAAAGAAGUUCCAACAGAGACCAGCACACCAGCCAAAGACACAUCUAAACAAGCUGGAACUCCCAGCAAAUUCAAUAUGAUGUUCAAGAAGAAGCCUGGCGCAGCUGAUGUUGCAACUGAAGUAAAGAUCGUCCCUGCAGUGUUGACGGAGAGCCAGAAAUCUACUCCUACACAAGUGUCAGUAGCAACUAAUGGCAUCCAAGCAAAAGCUCCUUCUGUGACUGUGGAUGCACCCGGUCUCCAAAUCAGUGCUUCAACUGCAUCAGCUGAGAAAGAAGUUCCAACAGAGACCAGCACACCAGCCAAAGACACAUCUAAACAAGCUGGAACUCCCAGCAAAUUCAAUAUGAUGUUCAAGAAGAAGCCUGGCGCAGCUGAUGUUGCAACUGAAGUAAAGAUCGUCCCUGCAGUGUUGACGGAGAGCCAGAAAUCUACUCCUACACAAGUGUCAGUAGCAACUAAUGGCAUCCAAGCAAAAGCUCCUUCUGUGACUGUGGAUGCACCCGGUCUCCAAAUCAGUGCUUCAACUGCAUCAGCUGAGAAAGAAGUUCCAACAGAGACCAGCACACCAGCCAAAGACACAUCUAAACAAGCUGGAACUCCCAGCAAGUUCAAUAUGAUGUUCAAGAAGAAGCCUGUGGCAGCUGAUGUUGCAGCUGAAGUAAAGAUCGUCCCUGCAGUGUUGACGGAGAGCCAGCAAUCUAUUCCUACACAAGUAUCAGUAAAAAAUAAUGGUAUCCAAGCUCCUUCUGUGACUGUGGAUGCAGCUGGUAUCCAAAUCAAUGCUACAACUCUGUCAGCUGAGAAAGAAACCCCAGCAGAGUCGGGCACAGCAGCCAAAGACACACCAAAACAAGCUGAAACUCCCAGCAUGUUCAAUAAGAUGUUCAAGAAGAAGCCUGGGGCAGCUGAUGUGGCAGCAGAGGUAACAAUCCUCCCUGCAGAGAAGACGGAGAGCCAGAAAUUUAAUGAGCCUACAGACAUAAAGGCGAGUCCACAGGCUGACAAGGAACCACAGAACGAAGCUCUCGUACUCAGCACCACCGUGGUCACACAAGACAGCACCCAAUCUGAGCAGACCGGCGCCGAGGAAAAGUCAGUUAUGAACUUUUUUAAAACAUUUGUGACUUCAACCAAAACGACAAAAGAAGCCACGCCUAGUCCUGAUGUCUCAAAAGAACAGUCACAGAAAGAAACUCCACCAGCUCCUGCUGCAAAUGUACAAGAAGCAUCAAAGGUCCCCCCUCCUCCACCGCCAGCACCACCCAAGAUGGAGAGUAAAGCAGAACCAGCUGUAAAGAAAGAACAGGCCCCUGCGGUAGAAGUAGCAGCAGCGGCAGCCAAAGAACCAGAAGCCCAAAGCAAGGCCAAAACUAAAGACAGUCCUUUCAGCAAAAUCUUCCGUUCAAAGUCUGAGGUGAAGGAGGAAGCAAAGCCAGUUGAGAUACAGGUAGAUGCAUCCAAGGCUAGCACCCUCGAGGUCAGCGCCAAACCCGAACAUCCUCCAGCACCCAAACCAGAAGAGAAGAAAGCAGAAAAGAAGCCCUCACCUUUUGCUAACUUGCUCAAACCAAAGGUACUGCUAGGCCAAGUGAGCUCUAAGAUCCAUGCGGCUGCAUCGAGCGCCUCAGCCAGCAUCUCCCUCGGUGCUAGAGGAGCGGCUACAGAGUCCAAGAAGCAAACCCCUGCAGCCCCAACUGCACCUGCAGAUGCUGCACCAAGCACCAAGGCCAAAGAAGAACCCAAACAAGCUGCUUCUGCUGCUCCAGCUGCAACCUCUGCAGACAACAAGUCGGUGGGGAGUACAGAUAAUUCUUCACCGAGCACCUCCCGCAAACUAGAGAAAAGGAACUCCAUCCAUCUGUUCUUUAAAAACUUGGGUCAAAAGCGCCACUCUGACGCUGGAGUGCAAACGGAGCCCGUUGCACCGGAGAAGGCCAAAUAAAAACCUUGCCUUAGUUCCAUCGUCUGCACAGAAAACACGCUUUGCUUGUACAUAGGAAUCCUUAUUUGAAUGUCCUGACCAGAGACCAGGGAUUAAUUCCUAUUUAAUCUCCACUACUUAAGUGAAAUGAGAACUAAAGUAUCAUAAAACUCGCCAUUCCAAUGAUUCGUUCCCGUCUCCAUGGGUUGACCUUAAAUACGAUCACAUGAUCAGUAAUGGUUAAAGGUUUGCAAGAUGUAUGUUGAGAUUGCGCUAAAAAUACUUAAGGCUUUGCAUGUUAUGCAAGAUAUUUCUUUAAAGAAAGUGUGAUGGAAAAAAGCAGAAAAUAAGGCAUUAUGCAACAUUACAAUGACAUGUUCUUUUGAUUCCUUUUUAAAAGCGAACAUUAUGGUAAAAGUCGACUCCUGUCUAUACUGUCACAUUUAACUUCUCGUGGAUGGUCUUUAGCACAUGAAGGAUGUAUUUACAACCAUUGUCUUUGUUUCCAGCUUCUGUAUUUUCUUUAAACAUGAUUUCUAAGCACACUGGUGCACAAUAAUCAUUCAUACGGCUGUUAAAACAAUUUGCAAAACCCUCCAUUACGCCGUCUUGUCAGAAGUCGUUCACUUGUUGUUUUGUGGUAACAAUGCUUAAGUGGUGUCUCUUAAAACCCAAUGCCAAUUGCUAUUAUUUAAUGCUUUUGCAUAUGUAAUGUAAUACUAUUGCUUUAUUCAGGUUUAAAUAGUGAAUACGUUUGUUAUUAGUUUUCAAAAUUAGGCACUUCCUCUUUUUUGUGGUACUACUUAAAACAUAUACUAUCUGUAACUAAGUCUUUACUAACAACAUGGAAUAUACUGAUAUUGUUAAUAUGAAGGGGGAAAAAAAAAAGUAUCCAUCUGGUUUCUCUCUAAAUUCUCACUAGCUUUAUUGCAGAUCCAGUUUUUUCGCUUGCUGUGCAAUGUUAUGGAGUAUGAGAAUUUUCUGUCUGCUCUGCCUAUACAUUUUUACAAGAGACUGUCCUGAUUUCGCACGUUCGAAAUUUGUAUCAAACAUUAUUUCCGAAUUUAAGAGACACAGACUUGCAUUACUUCCUUUUUUUUUUUUGCCUGUAAUCAACUAAUGUCAAAAAAAUGUUAAUCUGUCUCUGUAAUUGCAAUUGUAAUUAUGCAUUCUUUGUUAAUAAAAUGUAAGGGAACAA